GCCGCAGUGAUGGAGGACUUGCUGGACCUAGGCGAGGAACGGCGCCGUGGCCCGGCCACCUCCGGGGCCAAGAUGGGUCGCCGAGCUCAACCGGAGUCAGCUCAAGCCGAGAAUCACCUAAGUGGCAAGAAUUCUUCAACUCUCACUGGAGAGGCUCCCCCUCCCAAACCACCCCGCCGGCAAGGAGGCUGGGCAGAUGAGUCCAUGAAGGCUUCAAAGUCAGGAAGGAGGGCUUCUGAAGAAGUGGAAGAUCACCGCCUCAGACAGAAGAGCCUGGAUGGAUCAGAUGACGGAGGAGAUAUUCUUGUUAUACCGGAUCUGGAAGAAGUACAGGAAGAAGACUUUGUUUUGCAGGUGGCAGCCCCUCCCAGCGUCCAGGUGAACCGGGUGAUGACCUACCGUGACCUGGACAAUGACCUCAUGAAGUAUGCAGCCUUCCAGACCCUGGACGGAGAGAUCGACCUGAAGCUCCUCACCAAAGUCCUCGCGCCGGAGCAGGAGGUUCGGGAAGAUGACGUCAGCUGGGACUGGGACCAUCUCUACACUGAGGUGUCCUCAGAGCUCCUCACCGAGUGGGACCUGCUGCAGACAGAGAAGGAGGACCCUGUGGGACAGUCUGCACACACCUGAGCCCGUGGGGCACAACAGCCACUCGUCCUGCACACAGUAACCUCCGCUUCGGACUUUUGAAACGGCUGUAAGCCUAAAACUAAAAGAAGCUUGCAAGCAGCUUAGGAUUUUUAUAUGACAUAUUUUGCAUAUUUCAUAUAAAUAUGCAAUAAAUAUAUGAUAUUUUUGCGAUAAAAAUAUUUAUUUUCAGGAGACCACUUUGGAUCAUUCAGUUGUAAUAAA